AUGGGAUCGGGAGAAAUUCUCUAUGAGUACUGGGGAAGAUUCAAACAGAUGUUGGCUAAAUGCCCACAACACCAAAUACCGGAUCAUGACCUUAUUCGGUAUUUCGUGGGAGGACUCCGAAGGCAAGAUAGACAAUGGUUACAUGCUGCAUGUGGAGGAUCGAUCCUAAAUAAAUCCGCAGCAGAGGCUUUCAAGCUCAUAGCCGACAUGGCCGAGGAAUCGAGAGAUGAGGAAGGGACUAUAGUCAGAACUACUCCGGUGCAGGCUCCUUCUGCCCAAGAUGACAAGUUGGACAAGCUGUGCAACAUGUUCGAGAAAUUCAUGACGAAUCAGGGAACACCUAAUCAAGGGAUUCCCAACAUUCGGAAGCCUUUGAAGCCAGGAGGAAAUAACGGUGGGCAACAUCAGAAACCCUUUGAGCCUUACAGGCAGCAGUAUAACAAUCAGGGAUGGAGACAACACGAGAACCUUAGGUAUGGCAACAAUAACUUUUUGGGGCCAAACCAAGGGCAGACGAGUAAUCCACCACAAUACUCGCAACAACCUCAACAGGCAAGAGAAUCCUCCCUGUCGGAGCUUGUGCAUCAAAUGGCCCAACAACAAGUGAAGUUCCAGCAAGCGACCGAAAAGUUCAUAAUGGAGACAAGAGGAGGAAUGCAGAAUGUGAAUUCCCAACUAUCACAUCUUGCCCAAGCAGUUGCCAGACUUGAGAGCAAACAAGGAGAACUUCCUUCCCAAGUAGAGGUGAAGAAGGUAAAUGCUAUGACACUUAGAGGAGGAAAGGAGUUACCCGAGGUUGUCAAAAAGAAAAGCCAAGAAGAGCCAGAGAUCAAUGAGGAAGUCGGAAUGGGAUCGGCAAAUGAGGAAGAACUUGCCCAAGAGAGAGAGGCCAAGCGAAAGGCGAUAGGAAAGGGGAAAGAGAAAUCAAGCCAGACUGAGCCCAUAAUCCCUUUCCCAGGCAGAAUGGCCAAGGAACAAGAGAAGGAAGAACUAACUGAACUGGUGAAAAUCUUCAAAAAGGAGGAGGUCAAUAUGCCUCUUUUGGUCGCGCUCCGCUCUAUGCCCAGAUGCGCGAAAUUUCUCAAGGAACUCUGCACUCGGAAGGUCAAAUACACUGAUGAUGCGAAAUUUCAAGUGGGCGAGUCCGUAUCCGCGGUCUUACAAUGA